AUGAUCGAAUGACACCAACUCAAUUUAACAACUACGCUUUAAAAAAAAUGAGAAUUUUUACAAUAUUUAUCAGAAAUUUUUCUAAAUUCACUCGCCAUCUUAAUAAAAAUGAGGACAUAAUAAUAAAACAGGAGCGAAGAGAGAAAUUUUAUAAGGAAAACUAUAUAGAUAAAGUUAAUUAUAAGUUGUUAGAAGACUUUCCUAUGUGGCUUGGAGGAUUUAGAUUAGGAUACUUGUCACAUUUAUUUAGAGGAAAAAAAUGGCAAGAAAUCAUAAAAAUGAAUUAUAAAGAUUUAGAAGAAUUGGGUGUUUUAUCAUUUCAGAAUAGAGCAACAUUGAUAAAAAAUUUUUUAAUUGUCAGACGACAUCUUGCAGGAGAGAAAAUUGGAUCUUCAAACAAAGGAAAUAUCGAGAAAAAUAAUUUCGAGAAAGAAAAAAAACUGGAAUAUUUACAGUUCUAUGAAAAAAAUUAUGCUAAUGUUAAUUUUAAGUUAUUAGAAGAUUUUCCGGCAUGGUUAAAUGGCAUAAAAUUGGCCCAUCUUGCAAAAUUAUUUGAAGGUAAAGAAUGGUAUGAAAUUAUUGAAAUGACUAAAAAUGAUUUAAAAGAGUUGGGAGUCACUUCUUCAAAUGCAAGGAAUAAGUUAAUCGCUAAUUUUUGGCACAUUAAACGAGAGCUGUAUUCUAGUACCGCUGCAAUUAAUAACAAGUCUUCUGAGAACAAAGACACAUACGCAAGAGCCAGAAAGACAAUGACAGCCCAGCAAAAGUAG